AUGACUAAAUCAAUUUCAUCAGAUGAUAAUAAUGAAAUAUCUACAUUGAUAGUUCAAAAGAAUUCGUUAAACAAAAUCGAUGAAUAUUCAUUGAUAAACAAUGACCCAAUAGCAACUCUAGAUAAUAAUGAAGUUUAUGAAAAAAUUCGACCAUUAAAAACAGUAACAAAAACAUUCAAUGAAGAUCAAGCUCAUGGUGAUGAUACUCAUAUUGAACUAUCAAAAGAUCAAGAAAAUUUAUUGGAAUUAUUUUCACAUGAAAAUCAACAAAAUGCACAUUCAUCACAAAAACGAACAGAUAUUCCAACAAUGUCCAACGAAUAUUGUCCUAACAUGACCAUGGAAGUUACUGAUAAACCCAACGAAGUACUAAAGUUAGAUAAUGGAAAUAGAAUGACUCAAACUUAUCAUGAUCAAAAGGAAAAAGAACUUAAUUUCGAUGAUAUUUCAUUACAACAACAACGAUCACCUAUUGAUGUAUGUGAAUAUGAAAUAGAUUUAGGCAAUGGUCGCAUAACAAAAUCUAUUUCAUCUUAUCAAUCCGAUGAUAAACAACAACAACGAACAACAUCAAUUAUAUCAGCUGAUUCAAUCCAACCAACAACUACAUCUCGAAUACCAUUCACUAAUAAAUUUUAUAAACAACAUAUGUAUCCAAAACAAGAAACCACAAUUAAUCAUUGUGAUGAAUCGAAUAUUUUAUUCAAUUUACAUGAUUAUGUACAAGAAUCAGAAACAAAAUUUUCACUUAGAACAAUAACAAUUUUUAGUAUCGGUACAACGAUUAUUAUUAUUCUUAUGAUUGUCUUAAUAUUGUUUGUCUUUUGA